AUGUUACCAGAAGAAGCUCUAAAUAUAUCAUUAUUUAAUUCGCAAAUAUGUGAACAAACGUUUAGAGCGGCACGAUCAAUGUCUGGUCCAUUCUCGUCCGUUGUAAAUUUUUCCAUUUAUGAAUUUCUUCAUCGUGUCGAGAAACUAGCUGCUCUUCAAGCUAUUAAAUCUUCAUCUGAUUCUAACAACAACAAUAGAGUUUACCUUCAUUGGAUCACCAUGAUGAUCGUAUUUCGGCAUGUUGCAAAAGCUUAUUAA